GUAAAUAUUAAAUACAAUAAACCACGUUAUUAAAAUAAUUAAUAAAAAUGUGCUUCCUCGUGACCGUAACUUUGAUGACCUAUUGCUUGCGAAAAGCAACGACAGGAAGUUGCGUGAUGGAAUUGUGCGUGUUAACAUUCAUAAUUACCUUACCACUGGUGGUACUCUCCAUUGCUCUGUACUUGGCGUUACCGUAUUUCGUAGAAGAUGAAAAUUCCAAGAAGAUGCUCCUUGGCGAAGGCAUCGAAUGCGAUGGGGAACUCCCAGAACUCAAGGGAAUCUGCAAUCCCGAGCAAUUUACAUCAAAAUGUAACGGUCUUCGAUUUCGCGAUGGUACUAUAGGACAACAACUCAUUAAAGAUCAUAAUGAAUUAGAAAUUGAUUACGAUGCAACUUCAGACGAAUGCGAAUGCGACGGAACUAGAGUCAUAGGGCUUAUAGAAAAAAUCUACCCGGACGCCCUUCAAUUCAAGUUCAAAUGCAGCGGUUUGAAUUUCGGCGAAAACAUGGGCGUACUUCUUAGCGAAUGCUUCGACGCGGCCGAGCCCAUACCAGAAAAGUACUACAUAACGAGUAAGUCCAGGUAUUGGUGCGAGAAUAACAUAAUACACUCUAUUGUAAGCUUUAAAGAAAUCACCGAAAACACAGGCAGCAUCAUGGUUUUAGAGGCGGAUCCUCCAUUGCCGGAGCCUUGUUUCUUCAAUUACGAAGACCGAUUGCCGAAGGAGGACGAUUAUUUCUACGUGGAGGAGCACUUUCGGCCCGAUGCCGAGCACGUGCUGGUCGGAUGGAGGAUUCGAGACAGGCAUUCGAAAGUACCCUUCCAGGAAAUACCUGUACUGAGCUAUUGCAUACCUGGAUAUCCUUCUGCCAUCAUUUUUUCUCGGCUCAACAACUUUUUCACCGGUUUUCAAAAGGAUUGCUCCGCCGACGAACGUCUCGGGGACGUGAUAGUUCCCUACAGCAUGUUCCUGGACAAAAUUCGCAGGAUCUAUCCUAAUGUCGAGUACAAAAGCAACAAAGCCGUACGCAUAAUAAAUAACGCGGAAUAUGACGAUGAAUAUGAUGAUGAAGAUGAAUAUGAAGACGCAAAUUGAAAG